GUGUGUGUGUAUGUGAGUGUGUAUAUGUGUGUGUGUGAGUGUGUGUGAGCUCCUGGUUCAUUCUUGGCGGCGUCCUGCAGAAAAAAAAAAAAAAAAAAAAUAACGAAAAAUAACAACUUGUAGAGCGUUUUACAAAAGAUACGGAUUCGAGGGUUUGUUUGUGUUGGAGCCCCCCCGGCUGGUUGUGGACGGGAGCCCGGCAGUGAAGCGGUGAACCCGGGCCUUCACUCUCUGGACAUGGGCCGUGUGGCUACUAGCGUCGGUGCUAACUUAGCUUAGCAUUAAGCUGUGUAAGCCAGAACUCGCGUUUAUUCUGCUGUUUUUUUUUUAUUUUUUAUUUUUUUAAUUUUACAUUAACUCAACAGCAGUUUUAUUAACGUCGCCAAACGUUACGCUUUAAAGUUAUUUUGUAGUCAAGAGAGAGAGAAGCUGCUGGUUGGUCCUCGGCUAACGUUAGCUGGUUUACCGCGCUACCAUGCAGUGAUACAGGCUAGCGGCGGUUCAGUCGUCUCCCCCCCCCCCGGCUCCCUGCCUCCACUACCGGGUCGGUUAGCCUGCAGUUACCCGGGCAUUGUGCGGUAUGUAGCCACUGGCAGGCUAACCAUCCAUCAGGGUGGGUGGGUGGGGGUGCAUGGUGAUUACAGUCAACGUUAGAGCAGGGGGGGGGCCAUAUAGCUGUGAUAUGAAGACUUCUAGGUGUUUGGUUGUUGAUGAUUAGAGAGUCGGGGUGAAGUUGCUUCAACACUGGAGUUGUGCAGGCGGCAGGGCCUUUACAGGUUGCUGUGGGUUGACUACAGUGUGUAGGCUAGUGGUUGUUUUUUUUUUUUUUUGCCUAGGGCUGCAUGAUUGAAAACAUGUAAAGUUUAAGCCAAGUUUGGAGAGCCACAAUGUAACCGCACACUGAGCUGGUGAGCCUGUUUUUUAAGUUCAUGAAUUGGUGAGAAGGGUAAGAGUGAGUUUGCAAAAAAAGGGAAAAAAAUGAACAAUUCAGGAGUGUUGCCUCCAGAAAAGAUGGAGCUGGAUCUGGAAAUCCCAUCUUCGUUAGUGCAGAGCGAUGGACACUUGAGGAGAUCCAACAGUGCACCCAUGAUAAAUGGCUUAAGUGAUAACUCCCAAGUGUUCCAGAGAGAGGUCCUGCGUAGCCGGAGAAAUAGCACUACAGUUGUCAACAGGCCCAACAUGGUCCCUUCGUCACCCAUUCGCGUCCCCAGCACCAGACUUCAUCAGAUAAAACAAGAGGAGGGUGUAGACGUGAUGAACCGAGAGACUGCUCAUGAGCGGGAAGUUCAAGCCGCCAUGCAAAUGAGCCAGUCUUGGGAAGAAAGCCUUAGUCUGAGUGACAACGAUUUGGAGAAGUCCGCAUCUUCGUCUCCGAAGCGCAUCGACUUUGUGCCUGUGUCGCCGGCCCCGUCCCCAACCAGAGGGAUCGGAAAAAAGCAGUGUUUCUCUCCUUCACUACAAAUCCUUGUGAGCAGCAAUGGCCUAACGCCCAGCCCGAUACCCAGCCCGACGCGACGCUUCAGCCGACGAAGUCAAAGCCCAAUCAACUGCAUCAGAGCCAGCAUACUUGGGCCAAUGAAACGCAAAGGUGAGAUGGAGACGGAGAGUCAGCCUAAGAGGCUCUUCCAGGGCACCACCACCAUGUUGUCUUCUGAUGUCUCCAACCUGUCGGAUCUCGGUUCCUGUCACUCUCCAGAUUUACUGGAUGGCAGCCUCAGCAGCGUCGGCUCCUCAACUGACUCACCGGGCAAAAUGGAGGGGGUGUCGCCCUCCUCGUCCAGCAACUCGCCCUUCGCUUCCCUCCAGGAUUUGUCCCCAAAGUGAGCCUGGGAGAGCAAGAGACACUAUAAAGGACCGCCUCCAAAAAAAGCCUCUCUCCAGGGAAGAAGUUUCCUUCCCAGACCCUCCAUCUCACCAUCGCCUAGAUGUGGUUUAAGUGGAAUUUUUCAUGGGGUUUUUCUCCGAGUGGCGGCUUUCAUGGCUACGUUUUGAGGGUCUAGAUAUGUUUUUGAAUUAAGGAAGUGAAAGCCAUGGGUGAGUUUUUGUGUGUAAGAGAUAAGCCUAGUGAAACUAGGAAUGACUGAAGACACUGUGAGCACCAGCUGCUAGUAGAUGACCUUGGAUGGUGCUUGGCUUUCGUAGUGAUAUUGUCUUCAUAAGUGGCUAUACUUCAAAUCUGUCCUACCAGUUCCCCUCACUGGAGAGAGACAUUGAGCACUGGACAAAUAAAAUAAACAAAGACUAUUGGAUGUGUACAUUUCCCUGUUUUUGUGCUGGAGAACUUCUGUCCACAGGCCUUUUUGUAUGUACGCAGUCUGCAGAUUUUGUAAGAAAAGAUUUAACUUAUUGUUUUCCUGCUUGGUUGUAAUUAUGUACAUAUUAACCAUGUCAAAUGUCGUACAUAGUUUUAAGUUUUGUGAUUGGCUGUGAGAUGAAAGUGGGCACAAGUCUUCAACAGCAGAAGUUUUCUUUGUAAAGGAACAUAAACUACUUCUGGGGUACAACUAUGGAGAUUUCCUUACUGUCCUACUGUAAGAGAAGUUAUGUUUUCAGCAGAUAUUUUUAUGAUAGAGGCUGUGAACUGUGUAUUUUUCUUUUCCUUUUUCAGUCUGACUUUAAUGCCCCCUUCCCCCAUGAAUUGCUGCAACUUUAAUUGCCAAGUAUGAGCAAUUAAUGCACCUGGCAGUUUAUUACGGAUGAAGUAAUUUGAUCAUCACUGUUGGGAUUUCAACACUAAAGGUUCCUCUGUAUCCUGUGUUCUUGUCAGGAUGUUUUUGUAGAUAAACAGAGUAUAGAAAUGAUUCAGUUUUCUUUCUUCUGACGAAAUGUUCUUAUUUAUGGAAAGAAAUGUUUAUUAUAAAAAGAAUUGGAUGGUGAUAGAGAAACCAUUCGUGUUGUCAUUUACACCAAAUCAACUGACUGCUGGAACGUGAAGCAAAAACAAAAUGGCACCGUCGCAUUGUGAGUAAAGAGACUGCUGUUUCUGCUGUGGCUAGGUUUUUAUGAAAAGAGCUUUUUGCACAGGACACUCAAUCCUGUAACGUUUCCGCCUGUUUGAGCAGAGAAACGCAAAGCAAGAUCUUAAAAACACAGUAUGUAAAGGUUAAGCCUGUUUUUUAGCACCUUGAUUUUCAGCUGUCGAGGCCUCAGUGCCCACAUCACCUGUGUCACCCUUAGUGGCUCUGUAGCCUUUAAUGCGUAUGUACAAGAGGAAGUGAUUGUAAAUCAUUUUAUGGAAGUGUGCCCUUUUAAUUUAAACAAAAGCCUGGUUGCAGUUCUUUUACUGAAUGUCUUGUUCCUUUAUACAAAGUGGAAAAGCCUCCAGCUUGCCCUGUUGUUAAGAUCUUUUUUUUUAUCUCAGUCAUUUUAUGAAGCGUUCAGGGCAUGAAUUUAGCAAAUAAUUGCAUACUAUACUGUAUGUCUAUAAUGGAAAUGGCUGUAAUCUACCAAGCUAGCUAACACCGUGCCCAUGCUUGUGUCUUUUGUGAUUGCAAUCGUAGCGGACAUCAGGACUAAAUAAAUUAUUUCUUUAUUA